CGGUCAGCGGUUGAGCAUGCGCGUAGAGCUGUUGCGCGUUGGAGAAUGAAAGAUGUUGUCGUUUGUGGCCGAGGUGCUGGCGUCGUCGGGGAAGUUGGAGAAAGACGACAUCGGCACUAAGAUCAACAGGCUGUCUCGCCGGGUAGAAGAGGUCAAGGGUGAAGUAUACAACACCAUAAACAAGAAGUAUGAGGAAUUCAUCCCAAGUUUAAAGAAUGGAGAGGACCUGGUAAAUCAGGUGGAUGAGAUCUCGAUGGAGAUAGAUGUACUGAAGUCACAAAUUGAAAAUCAGGUGCAGAGGGAUCUUCGUGUUGCUGUUACUGAAUUCAGUGAACUGAAACAGCAGCUGGAACAAAGUACAGUUUUACUGAGUGUGUUAACACAAUUACGUGAGUUUGAUACAGCCCUAGAAACAAGUCACCAAGCUUUGUUAGAAAAAAAUUAUACCAAAUCUGCUGCUCACCUUUCUAAGGCACAGCACAAUCUCACCUUAUUAAAAUCAAGAAAGGGCAUUGAGCUAAAGAUGUUGCAAGUGCUUAGCACGGAGCUCACCGUACAGAAGGAGAAAUUGCUCUUUCAUUUAGGGGAAGAAUGGAAACAGCUGGCAGUAUGGAGCCUUCCCCCUUCGCCAGCACCAGCAAAAGCCGAGGAUUUGUUUGGAUGGACUUUGAAGACCGAGCUGCGCUUGUGCAAUAUGACGUCAAAGAAGAAGAGUGAUUUUGAGCCACUUCUUGUGUCAACACUUCAAGGCUUCGCUAUCCUUGGUGAACUGAACAGAAAACUGAAAUUCUUUAGUCAGAUCUUGUUGAAAUAUAUUUUGAAACCUCUGGUUAUUGAGCCUUUCCUUGACGUUGAGAUUGAACUUCAGGCAAAUGAUGCAGUUUUAAGAUUCGCUGCGGUUGAAAGCAAAUCUGAUCAUGAGUCGCCAGCAAAAGUUUACCAGAAGAUCAGAACAGUCUUGGAGUUCCUGUACCAGCAUCUGCUUUAUGUGCCUCUCUGGGACUCUGUGGAUUGCAAGGAAAAGCAGGCUAUAAACCUUGCAGAAUUGCUGGGAGGCAUGAUCUGGGAGGAAUUAUCAGAAAUCAUUAUCAAGAAUUGCUUGGUGUUUUCUAUACCAGCAAACAGCAGCCAGUUGGAGCUAUAUGAAGAGGUGAUAAAAGCAACAGAUAAAUUUGAGGAAAAGCUCAAAGAGAUGCAGUUUUUGCGGGGCCACUCCACGGACUUGCUGAAAUAUGCAAAAAAUGUAAAUGUUCAUUUUGCCAGUAAAAAGUGUCAAGACGUGAUAGUGACUGCCAGAAACCUGAUGACGUCUGAGAUCCACAACACAGUAAAGAUUACAGCUGAUUCAAAGAUCUCCAUCCCAAAGCUUCCCAGUCCAGAGAUGGACAGUAAAUUAGUAAUACCCAAGACUUCCAACAUUGUUCCAGGUGACAUGGUAAACCUGGGGAGUGCGAAGCAGCUCAGUAGUCAAACAAUGUGUUUGCCCACCUGCCGAAUCAGUGAAUCCACCCAGAAACUGGUGGAACUGGCCUACCAGACACUGUCAGAGGCUACAACCGCCACACCCGAAUGUGCUGUGCAGUUGUUCUACACAGUUAGAAACAUUUUUCACUUGUUCUAUGAUGUUGUUCCAACCUAUCACAAGGAGACACUGCAGAAGUUGCCCCAACUGGCUGCUAUCCAUCAAAACAAUUGUAUGUACAUUGCCCACCACUUGAUUACCCUGGGACACCAGUUCCAGUGCAGUCUCCCAAAUCCUUUGUGCAAUGGAACAGCAACCUUUGUGGACUUUGUGCCAAGUUUUAGGCAAUUAGGAACGGAAUGCUUUUUGGCACAGUUGCGUACCCAAAGAGAUGAGUUAUUGGAAAGAUUGUCAACUGCAAGAAAUCUUUCUAGUUUGGAGGAUGCAGAUAAUUACUCAGCUGCAAACAAAGCUGUCCGGCAGGUAAUUCAUCAGUUAAAGCGACUGGGCAUAGUUUGGCAAGAUGUGCUUCCAGUUCACAUAUAUUGCAAAGCUUUGGGUACUUUGCUUAAUACUGCAAUCACGGAUAUUGUGAACAAGAUCACAGUGUUGGAGGACAUUACUUCAGAAAGUGCUGAUGGUCUGUAUUCAUUAUGUAAAACUAUACUUGAAGAAGGGCCUGGAAUUUUUCGACCACUACUUGAAGAAAGCAAAAACAAAAAGUUUCAGGAAGAGAUACCAAUUUAUGUGCCAAAGUGGCUGAAAUUCAAGGAGCUAAUGAUAGUUCUCCAGGCUAGCCUGCAGGAGCUGGUGGACAGGUGGACUGAUGGCAAGGGCCCAUUUGCAGCAGAAUUUUCUCCGAUUGAAGCAAAGAAUUUGAUCCGAGCUCUGUUUCAGAACACUGAGCGAAGAGCAGCAGCAUUGGCUAAAAUUAAAUGAACAUAGUUAAUGGUUUUUUUAUGCAUUCAAUAAAUCAUAUGUUAAGAAAUGUAUAUUUAUCUUGUUAGCACUACCUUUUUAAUCUACUUGUGUUUAUAACAUUUGUAGAAUAGAGAUGUUCAAGAACCUUGUUCUGUGGAAUAAAAAGAUUAUAUAAACUGUA